AUGAAUCAAAAGCCUCCUCUUCCUCCGCCGUACGGUAACGGUGGAGGACCUUCUUCCUCCUCCUCCUCUUCCAACACAACCAUCGGGACGUUGAGUGCACGCGCCAAGCAGACGACGCAAUCGGUGAUCGCCACGCUCCGUCCAUGGCGAAUGCUUCUGGAUCUGUCCGCGCUCGCUCUCCCUCACAGUUACAAUGAAGCCAUGGCGAACCUGAGGCACAACAUCUCUUACUUCCGUGCGAACUACGCGCUCGCCGUCCUCGGGAUCGUUUUCCUCGGCCUCGUUUACCACCCGAUCUCUAUGGUGGCGUUUAUCGUCGUCUUCAUCGGGUGGAUCCUCUUCUACUUCUCCCGCGACGGCAACGAUCCGAUUGUGGUGUCGGGGAGAGAAGUCGAUGACCGGAUCGUGUUGGGUGUGCUUAGCGUGGUGACGGUUUUGGCGUUGGUUUAUACAGACGUAGGCGAGAACGUUCUGGUUUCGCUGGUCGUUGGAUUGCUCUUCGUCGGAGCUCACGCCGCGGUUCGUAAUACCGGUGAUUUGUUUCUUGAUGAAGAAUCUGCUCGCCAGGGUGGAAUCGUGUCCGCCGGCUCGGUUAACCGGGGACCGGGAAGUUAUACCCCAAUUUGAGUUACCGGUUUAGUCGCAUUUCUUGCGGUUUGCUUUGUAUUGUGUGUUGUGUUUUUUUUAUAUAUCGUUUGAACUUGUGUAAGACUUCUGGGAAAUUUUGGUGUUAUAGAAUUUGAAAUUGGCUUUUGUAUUGGUAAAUAUAUCGAACGGCAAACUCUUGGCUA